AUGAUACAGGCUACAAUAAAAAAAGGAAAUUCAAUGCAUUGGAAUGUUAUAUACUGUUAUGCCAUAGAGCGGAAAAAUACUAUUGAUUCAAGUGAACAAUGUAAACUUAAAAAUAUUGGUAGACACAAAACAGUUUCUAACAAAACUACAAGUAUACCAGAUUCACUAUUAGAAGUAAUUGCAAUAAAUUUAAUAUGUCAAAAAAUUUCUGAUACAUCAGGAAAGAAAUAUAAAUAUAUAUUAGUAAAUGUUGACAAUUGUACAAGAUUCACAAUUCAAAAGAUAAAUAAAAGUACGCCAGGAAAUUCAAAUUUAUUAGUAAAACACGCAAUAAAAACAGUAAACAAAAUAAUAUCGAAUCAUAUUGCACAAAAUCCUUUAUUAUCUUGGAAGAAUAGUCUCUCAUUAGUGACAUAUGUUAUGAAUAAUAAUAAAAUUGCUGAAGAGGAUUAA